GCUUAGAGGUCUCGUGUGUGGGAUGCUAGGGGUUUCCUCCCGGGAGGGGCCGCGUCUCGGGUGUGGACUCAGCAUCAUCAUGUCGAGCUGCCUAUUCUUCAUGAAGACAUUUCUCGUUCUUGGGUUCCUGGCAUCCUGGGUGACUGCAGGAAAGCCUGAGUUUGGUGGUGGAUGUCCUCCCGACCCCAACCCGUGUGAGAAUCUGUGUGACGGGGACACAUCCUGUCCCCAGGGGCAUAAAUGCUGCAGCACCGGCUGUGGCCGCAUCUGCCGUGGAGACAUUCAGGGAGGGCGGGACGGUGAGUGUCCAAAUGUUUUGUUGGGCCUGUGCAUUGUCAGCUGCAUGUCUGAUGAUACCUGCAAAGCUGGGGAAAAGUGCUGCAAGUCAGGCUGUGGCCGCUUCUGUGUCCCAGCAGUGCUGUCAUCCCUAACUGGCCAUGAACCCCAACUUGACCGUCAGGUCUGAUUCUGAAUUAGAGAUCCCGGUGCCCUAGCUGUCCUGAUUUGUCCUCAGCUUCUCUGGUGACUCCAGGGGUCUUGUCAUAGCAGCCUGGAGAGGAUGAUGUCCUGGGGCCUGUGACACUUCCAGGGUCUCUCAUUGCUCUCUGUGCUGCUUCUGUUCCUGCUGUUGCCCUGAGCACAGGAAACAUAGCCCUGGGGUUGGGCAGUGGGUGUGUGAUGCUUCUUUUUCCCAAUAAAGGCUGGUGCUGA